AGGUCUCUGUGCGGUUGAUAUAUUGUGUCAAUAAUUUUAAUCUUUGUAAAGACCGAUUCAAGGGCAGUACACGUUAACAAUUCAGUUCAAGUUAGGUGAAAUCAAAAUGGAUAUAAAAACUGCACUUAUAGAAGGGCUACAGUCGAACCCUAAAUAUUUGCCGGUGUGGUACCGAUACGACAAACAGGGGUCAUUAUAUAAUGACAAGUGCUUAUCUGACAAUAAAUUCUAUUAUUUUUAUAAAUCGGAGCUUAAUGUUAUUUCAACGAGUGUUAAGGAGAUUAUUGAUCAAGUAGCAUCACCAUGUAUUCUGGUGGAAAUGGGCAGUGGCAAUUCAGAAAAAUCACGAACAUUUAUAGACGCCAUACUACAAAGACAGAAAACAUUGACAUAUAUUCCAGUAGAUAUAUCUGCAGAUUUUCUGCAAGAAUGCAGUGACGCCUUGUCUGUGGAUUAUGGCGAGAAGCUCAAUGUCAAACCUAUUGCCGGUGAUUACAGUGUUGGAAUUCAACAAAUAAGCUCGAUUCCUGGACGUAAAUUAAUUAUUUGGCUGGGAGGAGGUUUCCAGAACCAACCAUACUCUGUCCAGGUGCAAAGAAUCCAUAGUCUUUCACAAACCAUGACAGAAGAAGACCGCUUGCUGAUAGCUCUAGAUAUUACACAAGAUGCCGAGGCUGUUGAAAACGCAUACCUAGAUCCAACAGGAGUUGCUGCUCCAUUAUACCUCAACGCUCUAUGGCGUCUGAACAGAGAAUAUGGCGGCAACAUAGACACGGACAAGUUUCAGUUGGAAGCCAAGUUCGAAAGGAGCACGGAAGCUGAUCGACUUAGUCGACUUGUUCUAAAAGCUGUUUCAAAAUGUGAUCAACGUUACAAUAUAACUGGUCUAGGUAUUGAUGUUACCUUCAAAACUGGAGAGUACCUACAGUUGCACGAGGGCGAGGGAGUGAGCUGUAAAUAUUCAGAACAUCAAAUCCGAACUUUGGCGCAGAAAGGGGGACAGAGGCUUGAUAAAAUAUGGACUGACAGUGAAAACCAUGUUGCUUUAUGUUUUAUAGCAAAAUAGAAUGUAAAAGAGAA